AUGUGUGCAAAGAAGCUCAAAUACGCUGCUGGCGAUGACUUCGUACGCUAUGCUACACCCAAAGAGGCCAUGGAAGAAACUAGACGUGAAUUCGAGAAAGAGAAACAACGACAGCAACAAACAAAAGUUACUCAAACACAAACUCCCAACACUAGAGUUCAUUCAGCCCCAAUUCCUUUACAAAAUCAAUAUACCAAGAACAGAGUGGAAAAUGGACACCACCCUUACGGCUCUCCCCAAAGCUAUUCUCCAAGACAUACAAAAACACCAGUCGAUCCUAGAUAUAAUGCUAUAGCACAGAAACCGACAGGCAGGCCUAUACCUCCAACACCGAGUCAUUAUAACAAUUUGAAUUCAUCCUCUCAACGCAUAGUCUCCUCCCCUCCUCCCCUAAUGCACAACCAAUCAGUUCCUGCACAACUCUUAAAGAAGGUUGCGCCUGCUCCGUUUGAUAAUAGAGAAGAGGUACGAGACAUGCAAGUGGCCAUUCAGCUAUUUCAUAAUCAUGAUGUAAAGGGCAAAAACCGACUGACAGCAGAGGAGCUACAGAACUUGCUACAAAAUGAUGAUAACUCCCAUUUUUGUAUAUCAUCAGUAGAUGCCCUAAUAAAUUUAUUUGGCGCUUCCAGGUUUGGCACUGUGAACCAGACAGAGUUUAUCGCCUUAUACAAAAGAGUGAAAAGUUGGAGGAAAGUUUAUGUAGACAAUGAUAUCAACGGGUCACUUACCAUCUCUGUCAGCGAAUUUCACAAUUCACUUCAAGAACUAGGAUAUCUAAUACCCUUUGAAGUAAGCGAGAAAACGUUUGACCAGUAUGCUGAGUUCAUAAACAGGAAUGGGACAGGCAAAGAGCUGAAGUUUGAUAAGUUCGUAGAAGCAUUAGUUUGGCUAAUGAGAUUAACGAAGUUAUUCAGGAAAUUCGAUACUAAUCAAGAAGGUAUUGCAACCAUACAGUACAAAGAUUUUAUCGAUGCUACAUUAUAUCUAGGUCGUUUCUUACCUCAUUGA